UAGUGGGGAGGGGACGCAACAGGAAGUGUGGAGCGUGAGCCGGAGGCGCCGUGGUUGCUGCUGUAGCUCAUCAUAUCAGCUAAAAAUAUGCAGAACAUGGAUGCCACCGUCAUUUUGCCGAUACUGAAGAAAAAACUUGCCUUCCUUUCAGGAGGAAAGGAUAGAAGAAGUGGCCUCAUUCUGACAAUCCCAUUGUGUUCGGAACAGACUAAUAUGGAUGAGCUCAGCGCUACUCUGGACUACUUGCUUAGCAUCCCAAGUGAGAAAUGCAAGGCAAGAGGAUUUACAGUGAUUGUAGAUGGGAGGAAAUCCCAGUGGAAUGUAGUAAAAACAGUGGUCCUCAUGCUUCAGAAUGUUGUUCCAGCCGAAGUGUCUUUGGUUUGUGUAGUGAAACCAGAUGAGUUUUGGGAUAAGAAAGUUACGCAUUUUUGUUUUUGGAAAGAGAAGGACAGACUUGGAUUUGAGGUUAUAUUAGUUUCUGGAAACAAACUAACAAGAUACAUAGAACCAAACCAACUGACAGAAGAGUUUGGUGGCAGUCUCACCUACGAUCACAUGGACUGGCUGAAUAAAAGACUAGUAUUUGAAAAAUUCACAAAAGAAUCAACAUCGUUGCUGGAUGAGCUGGCUGUUAUCAACAAUGGAUGCGAUAAGGGAAACCAGAAUGACAAGGAGAGGUCUAUGGAUUUUAACUUCCUUCCUUCUGUCGAUCCAGAAACUGUUCUACAAACAGGACAUGAGUUGCUUUCUGAACUUCAGCAACGGCGGUUUAAUGGAUCAGAUGGAGGGGUUUCAUGGUCUCCAAUGGAUGAUGAACUUCUGGCACAACCUCAGGUGAUGAAGCUUCUUGAUUCCCUACGAGAACAGUACACCCGAUACCAAGAAGUGUGCCGACAGCGAAGCAAACGCACGCAACUUGAUGAGAUUCAACAGAAGGUGAUGCAGGUAGUAAAUUGGUUGGAAGGACCGGGGUCUGAACAGUUGAGAACCCAGUGGGGAAUUGGAGAUUCCAUCAGGGCUUCUCAGGCCUUGCAACAGAAGCAUGAAGAGGUGGAAAGUCAACACAGCGAAUGGUUUGCUGUGUAUGUUGAACUGAAUCAGCAGAUUGCUGCGCUGUUGAAUGCUGGUGAUGAAGAAGACCUGGUAGAACUCAAAACACUACAGCAGAGACUGAGUGACGUUUGCUACCGGCAGGCCAGUCAGUUGGAAUUCAGGCAAAAUCUGCUUCAGACCGCUCUAGAAUUUCACGGGAUUGCCCAAGACUUAUCACAGCAAUUGGAUGGCUUACUAGGGAUGCUUUGUGUAGAUGUGCCACCUACAGAUGGAGCUGCAAUCCAGCAAACAUUAAAACUUCUAGAAGAUAAGCUAAAAAGUGUUGACACAGGCCUCCAAGGUUUACGUGAAAAAGGUCAAAGUCUGUUGGAUCAAAUUUCAAACCAGGCAUCUUGGGCUUACGGAAAAGAUGUAUCCAGUGAAAACAAAGAUAAUGUAGACCACGUUCAAGGAGUAAUGGAGGACAUGCAGCUUAGGAAGCAGCGGUGUGAAGACAUGGUAGAUGUCCGAAGGUUAAAAAUGCUUCAGAUGGUUCAGCUAUUUAAGUGUGAAGAAGAUGCAGCUCAGGCAGUAGAUUGGUUGAAUGAACUAUUAGAUGCCUUGCUGAAGACGCACAUCCGAUUAGGCGAUGAUACUCAAGAAACCAAAAUAUUGUUAGAAAAGCACAGAAAGUUUGUUGAUGUUGCCCAGAGUACGUAUGAUUACGGUCGACAGCUGCUGCAAGCCACGGUUGUAUUGUGUCAGUCGCUGAGAUGUACAUCGAGGUCAUCAGGGGACACGCUUCCAAAACUCAACAGAGUAUGGAAACAGUUUACGAUAACCUCAGAAGAGAGAGUUCAACGGCUAGAAAUGGCUCUUGCCUUUCACUCAAAUGCAGAAAAGAUUUUACAGGAAUGUCCAGACCUCGCAGAAUCUGUUAUGGAUUUUGAACAGUUUGAUGAAGUCGAAGCAGUUGGGAAAUCGCUUCUGGACAGAUUAACAGUGCCUGUUAUUUAUCCCGAUGGAACCGAGCAGUAUUUUGGAACCCCUAGUGAUAUGGCCUCUUCAGCAGAACACAUAAGGGAACGAAUCAGGAUGAUUUGCCUAAAAAAACAGCAGCUACUGGAAACCAAUGGAUCCACAAGGGAAAGCUAAUAGACUGUGGGUUCGCCCCUUUUAAAGGCUGCGGUUUUAGGACGACAUGUCAUCGGCAUAAUACAUCGUUCAGUAUAAUCCAUUGAAACGCAUUUCACAACCAGCCCAAGCUGCAUCUUCUCAAGCUAAAUGUUCUCUGUGUAUUGUAACACUUCCGAUUAAGAGCCUUACUUAUAUACUGUGCUGUGAAAACAUAAACUCAAAAUAUCAUAAAAGUGUAAUCGUUGCACUGAAGCCUUUCUUAGCCCAUUAGCAGUCAUAAGGUAACUUCAACACAUGGCAGGAUAAUGUGUUACAAGUGCCUCUCAUAGCAGAUGGGUGAAAAGCUUUACCCUACACGGCGGUAUUUCUUAGUUGACAAACGCUUUUAAUGGUGCUACCAAAAGUGAAGGAGGUGUCCAUAAUAAUAAUAAAACAUAAUAUGAAGAAAAGGAAUUUGACAAGUGCUGUAGUAUUUUUAGGACGUGGGUAAACUACCUGUUUUUAGGCUGUAGUGUACUCCUACUUCUGUCUUAUCUGAUGAUAUUCAUUUUUUUUUAUUGUGGCAUUAUGCAACCUGUCCAUUAGAAAUCUGAUAUAUCAUGGUCCAUGCGCAGAUGUUUUCUUACUUGUAUGGGACAAUGUAUUUAAAUCUGUUUGUGCUGAAUAAAACCAUCUUUGUAAAGCUGGA